CGUCAUCUCUUCCCUGAAGCACGAGUCAAUAUUAGAAUAGACUUCCUUUAGAUACUUAAAGUUGAUUUAUGUAUCGGCUAUUUUCCCUCGAAUCUUCCUACUUCCCAUCCACAUUGACUUUCUCUCUUCACUCUUUCUUCUCCUCUUCACCAUCUUCACCAUCUUCUUUCAUAAUGUCUCAUCAAACAAUAGGCAUUGCUAUUGUCGCUGCUAUCUUUUUCAUCAUACGAUAUCUCAAUCGCACAGAUACACCAAAGAUUAAGAAUAUCCCUGAAAUACCUGGGUAUCCUCUAUUCGGAAGUCUUUUAGAAUUUGGUAUCACUCAUGCAUUAGUAGCUAAAAGACUGGCUGAAAAGUAUGGCGCCGUCUUUCAAGUACGAUUUGGAAAUAAGGCGAGUGAUGUUAGCUUUUCUUCCAAGAUCUUACGCUGAUUAUUGAUAGCGAAUCGUAUUUGUCAAUACUUUUGAUUCAGUUCGUCACUUCUGGGUCACCAAUCAAUCAGCCUUGAUUUCGCGUCCAACUCUUCAUACUUUUCACAGUGUGGUUUCUACUUCUCAAGGUUUUACUAUUGGUACUUCUCCAUGGGAUGAAUCUUGUAAAAAAAGAAGAAAGGCUGCAGCGACUGCUUUAAAUCGACCAGCUACCCAAUCAUAUAUGCCUAUCAUUGAUCUUGAGUCCAAAGUCUCUAUCAAAGAAUUACUCAAUGAUUGUAAGAACGGAGAAGUCGAUAUUGAUCCUAUUUCUUACUUUCAAAGAUUUGCUCUCAAUACUUCCUUGACAUUGAACUAUGGAUCAAGACUUCAUGAAGUUAAGGAUAGGGAUUUACUUGAGGAGAUUUGUCAUGUGGAAAGAGCUGUUAGCAUUUUGAGAUCGACGAGUAAUAACUGGCAAGAUUACAUUCCAUUGUUAAGACUGCUACCGAAGUCGAAUACGAAAGCUAUUGAAUACAGAGAAAGAAGAGACAAGUACUUGAAUUUCUUGUUGGAAAAACUUAAGAAGCAAAUCGCUGAUGGUACUGACAAUCCUUGCAUUACCGGUAAUAUUAUCAAGGAUCCGGAUACAGAGUUAAACGAAAGUAAGUCUUCGAGAUAUUUCUUGAAGUGAAAUACUGACUCGCUUUAGGUGAACUUAAAUCUAUCUGUCUAACUAUGGUUUCCGCUGGUCUUGAUACCGUUCCUGGUAACUUGAUCAUGGGUAUUGCAUACCUUUCCUCUGAACAUGGUCAAGAAAUUCAAAAACGAGCAUAUGAAGAAAUCAUGAAAGUUUAUCCCGAUGGAGAUGCAUGGGAAAAAUGUCUUCUUGAAGAAAAAGUCCCAUAUGUCACCGCUCUCGUUCGAGAAGUCCUUCGAUUCUUCACCGUCAUUCCUAUUUGUCUACCAAGAACUAGUAUUAGAGAUAUCGAAUACGAAGGAGCUAUUGUCCCAGCCGGCACAACAUUUUACAUGGUAAGCCUUUCCAACCAUCUCCAUUGGGCGCACCUCCACUAACAAACCCCAGAACGCCUGGGCAGCCGACUACGACCCAAAACACUUCAAAGAACCCAAAACCUUCUCCGUCGAACGCUACCUCGACAACAUCGAAGGAGGCGGCACACCACAUUAUGCCUUCGGAGCCGGCACCCGCAUGUGCGCUGGCUCGCAUCUCGCAAAUCGAGAACUCUACACUGCGUUUAUUAGGGUUAUUACCGCGUUCCGAAUUGUACCUCCGAAAGAUCCGAAGGACUACCCGAUUUUGGAUGCUUUGGGGUGUAAUGCAGUUAAGACUAGUUUGACGACGGAUCCGUAUCCGUUUAAGGUGGGGUUCAGGGUGAGGGAUCAGGAAGCUUUGGAGAGGUGGAUGAUGGAGGCGGAGGAGAGGACGAGGAAUUUACAGUGAGUGGGUGGGUGGAUGGCGUGGCAUGGCGUGGACAGAAGGAGAGGUUGGCGUGAAUGGAAGGGAUGGAGGUGAUGGUGGUUGGCAGUCGACUCAUCAUGAUUUAUGAUUCAUGGCAUAGCAUAACAUUUACAUAGCGCUUUAGAUGAUUACACUUUUUUUUAUUACAUUUUAUUAUAUUAUAUUCCAAACGUAUAAGG